GCUGUCGCUGAACGGAGGCGAGACGAGGUGCGACCGCAGUGGGGGAGCAGCUGGGGAGGGAGGCCGCGCACUGAACUUACGAGCAGAGGAGAGAGAGGGAGCUGUGCGCGCUCUUGUUCCCCGAGGAGUCCGACCCGCUCCUCAUCCACAUGCGCACACACACACACACACACACACACACAUACACACUCUCUCACACUCCCACACGCGCUCACUGGGGUCACUCUUCUUCCAGGCAGCGGACUGGUUUGUCUCCACCGCACAUGCACAGUGUGACCAGCGGACCUUUCCAACCUGUGCGCUUCAAGCGUGCGUCCAAGGAAGAAACUCUGCCGAUCGCUGGUUUCCCUCCGCGGUCCUCCCUCCAGCCGGUGCUCGUGGAUUACGGAGAAUAACGAGCGGCGUGGACUCGUGACUGUCGGAACCAUGGAAUUAUGGAUAAAGUUGUCGGUGUUGUUGUGCUGCUGCUGCUUCGGAGCGAGUGCGGACUUUGACGGCAGGUGGCCACGGCAGAUGGCCUCAUCCAACGGCCUGUGUCGAUACGGGGCCAGGGUGGACUGCUGCUGGGGAUGGACGCGCCGCUCCUGGAGUCACUGCCAGCCUCUCUUCGCCUUAACUCACAGAGUAGUCGGGAUAAGGUGCCAGCCCCAAGCUGUGUGCCAGCCGGGCUGUAAGAACGGAGACUGCGUGGGACCCAAUAAGUGCAAGUGCCACCCGGGCUUCACUGGCAAGACCUGCAAUCAAGAAGAAGAGCUGGACUAUUUAACCCCACCAGUGUGGGCCAGUCACCUCCCUAUCUUUCUACCUGUGGAUCAUCAGCCAGCGAGAGUGGUGAUGGAGGACCUGAAUGAGUGCGGGCUGAAGCCGAGGCCUUGUAAACACAGGUGCAUGAACACAUACGGGAGUUACAAGUGCUACUGCCUAAACGGCUACAUGCAGUUGCCUGACGGGACCUGUGGAAACGCUCGCACUUGUGGCAUGGCCAACUGCCAGUACGGCUGCGAGGUGAUGAAAGGAGAGGUCCGAUGUCAGUGUCCUUCACCGGGGCUGCAGCUGGCUCCAGAUGGAAGAACUUGUGUGGAUGUGGAUGAGUGCGCAGCAGGAAUCGCCGUGUGUCCCCGGUUCAGGAAAUGCAUCAACACCUUCGGCAGCUACAUCUGCAAGUGUCACGAUGGCUUUGACCUGCAGUACAUCGCCGGGAAAUACCAGUGCACAGAUGUGGAUGAGUGCUCUUUAGGUCAGAGCCACUGCAGCAGCUUCGCCACCUGCUACAACACGCCGGGCUCAUACAAGUGCAAAUGCAGAGACGGCUUCAGGGGGAUGGGCCACGACUGCAAACCCAUUCCAAAAGUGGUUAUUGACCCCCCGAGACCAGGGAAACUGCCCCCAAAUCAUCACAACCACAUCCCCGACCGGGAUCAGAGGAGGACCACCACAACCAUCCGCCCUCCACAGACCCCAAGGAGAAUCUUCCCUGUUAUCCCCAAAUCAACAACUGCUACCACCACAACAACCACAACAACCCCAACUACCACAACCCCCACAACCAAGGCACCUCCUCCUCCGCGUCGGGUCACCCCAGCCCCACGAAAACCAUCAGUUCCAACCCGGAAGCCUUUCGUCCCCACCAGGAAGCCUCUGAUACCAACACGCAAGCCUUACGUCCCACCCAGGACAGUAGCUCCGACCAGUCGCCCCUCGACGCCGCCACCACCCACCCCUGUAGACAACACCAUCCAGAAGGAGGUCACGAAGCAGAGAGGGGACGUUCACAUCCCUCGGAACAACGGAGACAACACUGUGCUCGGCAUCGACUUUGACAUUGAGCUCGGCAACACGGCGGAUGAAGCCAGAGACGACCCAGAGUCAGGGUAUCUGAGCUGCUCUUUUGAUGACGGCCUUUGCGGCUGGAUCAGGGACAAAGACGGAGAUCUGCACUGGGAGACGACACCUGAUCCGUCAGGUGGACGGUACCUCACCAUACCUGAUGUAGGAAACAAGAGGACUGGACGAGGGGCUCGGCUGGUCCUUCCGCUCACCCCUCCCUGGAACGAUGGCAAUCUGUGCCUGUCGUUCCGGCACAAGCUGGCGGGCCACCAUGUGGGGAUGCUGCAGGUGUUUGUCAAGAAGGGGAAGCAGUACAGUCCAGCAGUGUGGGGCCGGACAGGUGGAAACGGCUGGAGGCACACCCAAAUCACAUUAUGGGGCACAGGCCUGGAAAGUGUGAUCCUGAAGGGGGAGCGUGGGCGAGGCAGGAGCGGAGAGAUGGCCGUGGACGACAUCACCCUGAGGAAAGGCUCCUGCACGGAGGAGCACAAUCUGAGGAGACUCUAACUGACAGAACAGGGGGAAAAGGCAGAACGAAAACACAAGGGAAUAUCAUCUCAAAGAGAAGUGACUCUGUAGUGACACCCCCCCCCCCCCCACACACACUCUGCCAGGAGCCCACGCUGACACCCCCCGCCCCCAGCCACCCUGUGAACGAUGUCCGAAAAAUUGUGCAUCUGCAGAACAGUGGGUCUCUCUUUCUCAACUGUCUACAAAUAAAGGGACCGGAACAGAAUCUCAUGGGCCGAUCCUCAGCGGCACACUCCCGUCUUCUCAGCCUCCUUCAUACUCCAUCACCGCGUUAGUCUGAAACCUGCACGUACCUGAACACCACGGCGAUAUUGCUCCACCUAACACAGCGCUAGCCUUCCAGCCGCACCAGUGAGAGGGCCACGUUCACUUAAUUUCUCCCUGAAGAGAGAGGGAGUCUGGUUCCCCCUCUCAGGAGUAGGCUUUUUCCUUGCUUUGAUCCUUUAAACCUCGAGCUAUUGCUUUUUCUUUGCCUGAUGUUAAAACGUGCAGCCAGGGGCGCAAUUUGGAAAUGUUUUGAUCAGCAGAAUAUCAGAGGUACUAUACAUUUUCUUUGAAGGUAAGAAAUAUUCAAAAAAAGGAAAAGGUGUAAAAGACUAAAUGUGUGUGUUAUGAUUUGAUUUCUCCAAACCUGAUUCAGUCAAUACGGUCAGGCCUGAGACUUCAUUACUGUUCUAUAGCACAGUUUUGCAGUUUUUCUUUGUGUUGUCACAGUAUUUCAGAGAUCUUGUUUGGUAGAAAACAGUCACAGAAGCAUCUUGUCCACCUGGAUCUCUUUCUGAAGCCUCUUAAAGUUCACUAUCAUGUUUCUCAUAUACUUGAAACGUGUCUGACAUUUGCAAACCAAACUGUUACUUUCUACGAUACAGUAUGUGCUUUGUUUUAUUAAGUGCCCUUUGUUAUAAAGACGACAACUUUUUAGGCUUUUCACCACUUGUAUUAUUGUAAAUGUAGUUGCGUGUACAUACUCUACAAUCCCAUUUGUUGUGUGGUUUAUUUGUUAUGUUAAUUCAUCCAUGGAUAUUAAUUGGAUUUCAAAAUGGUUGGUAUUUAAACUUUUUGAUUCAAGAACAUGUAUACAGAUUGAAACCUUGUGUAGUGCAAGGCAGUUUAAAGUACACAAAAUGUGUAUGUCAUGUGUUAUGGUAGAGUGCUCUGUGUGUAACUUGCAAAGCGCGUAGUUGCGUAUUGUAUGCUGUGACAAUGAAGGGCAUUGGUUGGAAUUUAGAGGUGUUCUGUAUGCAUGGGUGCAUUCACCAAAAUUCAGAUUUAUCUAGACCAGUAUGUAAAUAAAAUACAUUUGACUGAUAUAUUAAGAAACAAAACAUGUUUUGUUUUUCAAAUGUUUGUAAGUGAAGUAGAAGACAACUUAAGUAAAGCUUGGAUGGUU